AUGCUCGCGAAGCCCAAGUUCAUCAUUGUCACGGUGUGCCUCGCUCUUGUGCUGAUGUCCAGCGUCAUGUCCGCCCAUUACCCCGGCGCUUCCGAUCUGGACAUCAACUUGAAUGGAUACGAAGCGCUUUGUGGCAAAGAUAGCGACCGCAAGCAUCCCUGCUUCACCCAUUGGUGGAUUGGCCUGGACCGUGCUGUCGUCGAAUUCGACAACAAGGCUAUCGAUGUCAGAAAGGAGGUGAUGGUGAAAGACGAUCACUGGACUGACUUUGGCAUGAAGGACGCAUCCGAGCCUUUCUCGCUUACGUAUCUCGACACCAACACCGCCCAACUAUUCUACUCCAACUACAAUCCCGUGGAUGGAUGCUAUGACAUCGAGGUGUCUAUCUCUACAUACGUCCGAGGUUGGCGAAUCUGGGUCUCGGAUGAGAUCGGAGACGACAGGGACCUUGACACUCAAAAUGGACUCUCUUCCAAGACAAGGUUCUGUACAAAGUGGCUUCACAUUCAUGUCAAGCCCGACGGAAGAGGAAAUCCUUCCGGCUACUGA